AUGGGCUCCUCUGCCUCUAGGCUAUGCGACGCAGACACAGCAGGAACACUGAGACAGGGAGGGAGUCAGUGGUGGCCAACCACACAAGGGGACAUGCGUGACCACUAUGGCUGACUGAUAAUGUGGUAUGCCAGGGUUACGGGGAUGAAGCAGCGUAGCUUCCCAUACUCUGUUAUUUUUGUUCAUGUUCAGUGACCCUCAGCGAUAUCCUGCAGAUGGUAGGGUGAUGUGUGUGUGUGUGUGUGUGUGUGACUGCGGUAAGCUGUCAGUGUCAUCUUUAGCCAAGCUGUGAAGAGGUGUUUGCAUCUCAUCUCUUUCCUAGUAGUCAGUUCAUCAGUGCAUAUUUCCUGUAAAAGAGUGUAAAAGGCCUAUCGCUGGCUUUGGGUUUGUGGGAACGAAUAACAAGUGACUCUGUAACCAGGUUUCCAUCCAACAUUUUUAUGCCAGUAAAGUACAUGUUGGAUAAAACAUGUCACCACAGGCCUGAUGGAAACAUCUUUCAGUAAACUUUCAAAAUGUUGACAAAACAAAAUUGCUAGACAAGGUGGAAUCUUUUUGUGUCGGUAAAAUGAAUUAUACGACAAAUGUCAGUGGAAAUGCUUUUAUGUGCAAAUAUUGAUAUAAUAACCAUCAUAUGGAAGUAAACAUGAAGUCACGCGAUGCCAUGUUGUGUGGUCCUCCCACUAAGUCGGGAAAGCAUGCAGUCUAUUAGGCUACAGAUGAAAUAAACUAUGAUGAUCUUUUCAGGGUGAUGAAAGUGCAAGGUGAUGAGCUUGAUGUUCCUUUCCAUUAAAUAUUGAGUGUUUUAUUCUGGUGACAUGAUCAUCGAUGCAAGGUUGCGUUUGGCAAAUGAAAAUAAUCUCGCUCUUCUGUCCAUAAUAAUCUCAUAAUGUAGGCUAUAGGUGCUCUCUAGCCAACAGCGCUCAUAUACAGUUCUGUAUCUUCGCGCUGUUGGCUACUAUUUAUAUAAGGCAAAACAUUUUGGUGAGAAAAUCAUCAGUAGAGUUGAAAAUGUGAUUGAAACCCAUUUAACUUGUAUUUUUUAUUUGGUACAUGUGAAUUUAACUGCAAAAUGUAUUUUUAUGUGCACUACACCAUCAUGGACAGCAUUUUAGCCUUUUAUAUGCAUGAUUCAGUUCGGCUGUGUGUUUGCAUGCUCCCUAAAAAGACGUUAGCUUGGAAAAACUGAAAAAAGGGGGGAAAGCGGCAAUUUUACCCCGCGACAGUAGAGGGCGAUGAGCUGGUAAUAGCCAUCUACGGCCAAACAACGAAGUAAUAACACACUCAACUGGGAAUGGGAAGAUGGCGGAAGCGGAUGAUGAAGUGGAAUCUGAAUACAAUGGCAGUAGAAUCAAGGAUAACUGGAGUAUUGUUCAAAAGAAUGGGAAACGGAGCAAAGUAGGGUACAGUGAUGAGAAUGUCCCUUCGUAUCUAGUAGGAGUACGGUUCGUUAAUAAGGAGCAGCUGAGCAGAGAACCAAUCUUGAAGAAACCAUUUGAGUUAUCCAAAUUGGUGGAGAGAGUGCUGGGUAAAGUGAAGGCUGUGAGGAUCACGAGGGGUGGGCUUGUGUUGAUUUUUUUGUGAUUCUGCGGAUCAGAAGGAACGUGCGUUGUGUCCAGUGGUGGAAAAAGUACCCAAUUGUCAUACUUGAGUAAAAGUAAAGAUACCUUAAUAGAAAAUUACUCAAGUAAAAGUGAAAGUCACCCAGUAAAAUACUACUUGAGUAAAAGUCUAAAAGUAUUUGGUUUUAAAUAUACUUAAGUAUCAAAAGUAAAUGUAAUUUCUAAAAUAUACUUAAGUAUCAAAAGUAAAAGUAUAAAUCAUUUCAAAUUCCUUAUAUUAAACAAACCAGAUGGCACGAUUUUCUUGUUUUUUUAUUUACAGAUAGCCAGGGGCACACUCCAACACUCAGACAUAAUUUACAAACGAAGCAUUUGUGUUUAUUGAGUCCGCCAGAUCAGAGGCAGUAGGGAUGACCAGGGAUGUUCUCUUGAUAAGUGUGUGAAUUGGACCAUUUUCCAGUCCUGCUAGGUAUUCAAAAUGUAACGAGCACUUUUGGGUGUCAGGGAAAAUGUAUGGAGUAAAAGGUACAUUAUUUUCUUUAGGAAUGUAGUAAAGUAAAAGUAGUCAAACAUAUAAAUAGUAAAGUAAAGUACAGAUACCCCCAAAUAACUACUGAAGUAGUACUUUAAAGUAUUUUUACUUAAGUACUUUACACCACUGGUUGUGUCUUAAUCGAUUUGAUACUUUUGAAGUGUUGUGUGUGUCUCUUCGGAACAGGGCACCCCUCAAAGUGGUUAUAUCUGGCGUUUCGUGGGAAGUUGAUUUGGAAGAGAUGAAAAAUAUUCCUGGAGUGAUUGAAGCACGUCGGAUGAAUCGAGUGGUGAAUCGGGAAAAAGUGAAGAGUUUAUCUGUUCUUUUGUUUUUUUUAAUGGAGUCUCCCUAAUGAAGUGCGGUUAGGGUAUAUUAACUACAGAGUUAGAGUAUUUAUCCCAAGAACAAUGCAGUGUGAACAUUGUAAAGGUUUUGGUCAUGUAGAAAGUGUUUGCAGAAGGGAGAAGCCGAGAUGUACAAGAUGUGGAAAAUAUCAUAUUAUGUGUUAUAAAAUUGAAGAAAAUGUGACAUGUUGUAAUUGCAGUGGGAAUCAUGAAGCCACGUCUUCUGAAUGCCCCACAAGGGAAAAGAGAAUGAGGUGGCCAAAGUCAGGGUUGUACAGAGCAUUUCAUAUGCAGAAGCUGUGAAAAGGGUUGAGGGUUUGAAUGUUGCACCAGAAGAGUCCAUGGUAGUGAAUAGGUCUUCACUGCAGGCUGCAGGGGUUGUCUUGCACCAAGAGGAUCCUGACAUUUUAAAGGUUAAAAGGGUGGACUUUGUGGCCUUUAUCACAAUGGUGAUAAAUGGCACUGCCAAGGUGGAGAAAAGAUCUAGGAAGAUUGAAAUCAUUGUGUUUGUGGUGGAGCGGUUCCUGGGGCUGAAAGAUUUCACAGCAAAGGAGUUACAUGGAAUAUUAGCAAAAGCAGUACCAACUUCUCAGGUCCUAGAGCCUGAGAAGGAAGAUAUGGAGAACUAAAAGAAGGAAGAGAUGUGAGUUUUGUGUGUUUAGGCAAUGUACUAUUUUUAUUAGGGUGGAUUGUUAGAAUCACUAUUAUUAUUACUAUUAUACUAUUAUUAUUAUUAUUAUUAUUAUUAUUGAUUUAUUUUUAACUGUCCAGUUGGUGGCGGCAAUACAACUUGGAUGUAGUCUGCCAUAAAACCCACAGAAGCAGAAGAAGGCACUUGACUGGGAGGGAAGAUGGCAGAAGUGGAUGAACAGUUCGGAUCAAGCAGCGCGUCAAGCAAAGUUGGUGAAGACGAAUGUUCUGAAUGGACAACAGUAGUAUCGAAAACUGGAACAAAAAGGAAAUUAUCUAAAAUUGGAUUGGAGGAUACUUGUAUGAAUGAUAAUGAAUUGCUUCUUGUUGGGAUGCGUUUGUUGCGAACAAGACAUGCUCGGGGUAUGACUAUCUCCAGAUCUUGAGAUAUGGCUUCAAUCAUUUGCAAUGCCUUCGUAAGUGAUGUGUCAAGGACUGAGUCUGCAGCUCUUUUCUCCCUUCUUCUCACACACCUGCUACUGCUGCUGCUCUGUGGCAUCGCUGAGGAGCAAGCCAGUGGAGUAGGUCUUGGAGGUUGGCCCGGAAUAGUGCUUCCCAGGUCCUGCAUGGAGAUUGUUUCUGAUUCUGCACUGCAACUCAGUGCGGGAGAUGGGCUGGGAGCCGAUCACCAGUCAGUACUGGGGAUAGAGGUAGUGCUUGGGGCCGGUGAACAGGCUGUGCUGAGGUGCAGAGAACAAAACCAGGUGCUGUCUCCAUUCACUGGUGGCUGUGCAAGUGGUAGGGUUGGACCCCAGCGUCUCCGCAAUCUCCCUCCUGAAUUGGCAUUUGCAUGCUGGUCUUUAUAUAAUGCAUGACUAGAAUCGUACUGGUGAAGGUACUUUUGUACCUCCUUGGUCAAUCAAUGCUCGAAGUUGUCGUUCGCCAUGUUGAAUCCACACUGAGUUUCGGGCUGAAUCGACAAGAAGCAGAAACUCACAUCACCCCUACAGUUGACCGAUCACGGACGAAGGGGCGUAGACUUCGGCUUCUGAACUUCAGCUGGCCCUUGAGAAAAAUUGUUGUGUGCCCGAACAAAAUGUAGUCAUAAUAUAUGCACAAACUGUACCAAACUGGGGGUGGAAAUAUCUUUAUAAUACAACUUUAGAAAGAAUAUGUCGCUGCUCUAUAUUGUUGCAUUGCUAGAAAGCUGUAAGCCUUUUCGACAGUCUUGAAAUGCGGUAGACGACUCUGUCUCUCACCUAGAGCUCAUUUGAAAUACAGCCCCAUAAUCUCUUUUGAAGUUUCCCUGUACUGUACUUUCUCUCAGCGGCAUGUGGAGACUUGUUCUCUACAGAGCUGAGUGAGAGAAAGAGAGAGCGAGAGAAGGUGGAAGAAUUUGGCUACUACAUGAGGCACCUGCAGAGUUGCUUUCAGAGCGUGACACCCUUGCCUUUUCUUACAAAGAGAUGCUUCCUCUAACAGUAAACAAGUGAUGCAAAUGAACACAUGGAAAUGCCUGAGCACUUCCCCUUUUAGGAAAUGGAGACAAACGGAAAACACAUUGAUAUCUUGAUGCAGUGAACAAACGCUGCUAUCUGAACAAUUUUAUUUGGACUGUCGGCUUAUGGGGGAAAGAAUUGCCAGAGAGGCUUUAAUGUCUACAAAAUUUUCUAUAUUAUGAAACCUACACUAUCUCUUGGUUUAUCACCCGUUGGCACAAUGUCCUGUUAAAGCCACAUUAGUCUGAAAUAUGAGUGUAUUCUCACAAAACUUUCACAAACUGAAGUUGUUGAGUAUUAUCAGAAGUAAAACGAUGUCGGUGGAACUUUAGUUGAACAAUGCUGUCGGUUUAUCACAUAAACUUCACACAGUGGGAAAGUACACUCUUAAAAAAAAAAGGGAUCCAAAAGGUUUCUGCGGCCAUAGUAUCACCCUUUUUGUUUCCAGGUAGAACCUGUUUUGGUUCCAGGUAGAACUCUUGGGUUCCAUGUAGAACCCUCUGUGGAAAGGGUUCUACCUGGAACCAAAAGGGUUCUACCUGGAACCAAAAGGUGUUAUUCAAAGGGUUAUCCUAUGGGGACAGGCAAAGAACCCUUUUUGGUUCUAGAUAGCACCUUUUUUUCUAAUAGUGUAGGUGAGCCCUCAGCCCUGCAGGUGUGGUGCUUCACCUAGGGGUCUCCAUGGUUGCCCACUGGGCUGUUCAUAGAUACACACAUCGUACUUACACACCUUUGUGCUGAAGUAUCACAGUGGGCUGAUCUAGAAAAGCAGAGUGAAAAAUGUAAUCCCUUAUUGUACACCAUCGUGAAAGCUGUUGAAAAUGUAGGUCUAGAUUCUAUCAGAUCCGCGGUAGUCGACACCCGCAUAGCGGUUGUUUUGGUGGUGUCGGAGGUGGAACUGCAUUAGAGCUAUCAAAUCCACAUGCAGCUCCCAGCAUUAUAUCUAAAGCAGACAUUGCCAUUGGCUGCAUAGUGUCGCAUUAGGAGAAAUCCCAUGCUGCCUUGUUUACAAGUUCAAACACUGCAAUGCUUUUACAUCUGCGUUGCUUGCUGUUUGGUGUUUUAGGCUUGGUUUCUGUGUAGCACUUUGUGUUAUCUGCUGAUACAUUUGAUUGAUUGAUUGAUUGAUUGAUUGAUGUAAUCUACUCCUCGAUUAGGAUGAUAUAAAUCCUCCUAUUUAGUUGAAUGAUUUUUAUUUUGAGAGUCAUUAUUUCUAUAUAGCUACACUUUCCUGUUCUGAACUUCUAACACGAGUGGGACGGUGUGGCUUUGUGACAAUGACCACACGAGCAGCAGUUCUGAUUUGACAGCUCUAACGCAGUUACACCUCGGACACCGCCAAAACACCAUCUCUACGGGUGUCAGAUAUCGGCGGUUACAUUUUUAAUCUGAUUGAAUCAAGGCCUGAGACUGGCCACCGGUCUGCAUUGCUCUCUGUGUCUGUGCUUGUCUGUCUGUCUGUCUAAAUGUGAUUUUGCCUGUCUAUCUGACCAAGCUAUCUCUAUCUCUAUCUCUUACAGGUACCUUGGCAGCUGGCGAGCACAGUUUCCCUUUCCAAUUUCUCAUUCCAGGUAAGUUUGGGAUAAGUCUGGAAAACAUGUUGAACUGCAUUCCUCCAUGUCAACCACACUGAGGUCCAUCUCAUUAUUUUUUAUCAGUACAGUACAGCUGAACUGUUGUUGGUGACUGACGGAAUGUGGUUUCAGGUAUAACCACUGAUAACGUGAAUAUAGAAAUGACACUAAUGUCUCUGCCCUUGUGCUACAUGCACUUUAAUCUUAACAGCCAACAUCUCCUGUCUACAUGGGUGAUAUAUGUCAAAGUCCAACAUCUCCUGUCUACGUGGGUGAUAUAUGUCAAAGUAGACCAUGUUAGUCACCUCUGGCCAAGGACUAACACAAAGGCCGAGCAAACAAGUGCCAGUAGCCUAGAACCAUAUCAUGUCCCAACAGACACUCCUUUGUGUCAUAACACAUGACAUGUAGAAUGCUAUUCCUUGUUUUCCGCCAGAAUGCUUUUGACUGAAGUGUGAACUCGAGUACAUGCAGGUGUGAGGGCACAGACAUUGCAGUGGUUGUCUGUCUAUUAGGCUACACUCUGUCUGGGCUGGGUGGGGUGAGGAGGGAUGUCUAUAUAUAGUCCUUUAGUCCCGUGGCACUGUCACUGUUUAAUUGCUCCUGGUGGGCCCCCGGCCCUCACCCUGCUGCCCUCCCCUCUCCACCUCCCUCCUGCCCCCGUUGUCUACCGAACGGCAACAGAAUACAUGAUAAUUACAGAGCUGAUGAUUGGAUCAUCCAGGCACUUAUCUGAGCCACGUGGCCCAGUGGCAGUGCCCCCUGCUGGUUGUCAGGUCAGGGGCUGACAGGGGAGGCUUUAAAAUUCACAUUUUAUAGCGCCUCCAAAUGGGAUGCUACAUUAAAACUGGUUUUCGUGCUGUGAAGAUUGUUGAUUGUACUUAAACACAAGUAAAGACUUAAAAACAGGAGCCCUUGGUUCUGUGGAGGAGGCUGGAGAAGAGGAGCGAAGUGGUAGAAGAGGUUUUUAUCAGGCCCAUAGACUCAGUCAGACAAGUGCCCUCCAGUCCUGGCCAGUAUGUACUGCCAGUCUGCCACUCUUUCCUUAGGGAGACGUGGCUGGCUGGCUGGCCUAGUGCUGGGUUGCCUCUGGCCAGGAGCCUGUCUGUGUCUGUUCUGCCAAGCCUUCUGCACCCAGACUGCUGCUCCUCACUAAUCCUUUUUGACAGCAGGCAAUUCCCCUGUGUAGCACCCGCUGCUGACAUUAUUAUUUAACCUUUUACUGCAGUGGGCUAAAUCAGGGUAGUCUUAGAUAAAUCUACUUUGAAAAAAAAGUAUACACCUCACACAUAUGGUUAUGGACUUAAAAAAGGAAGACACCUGUACCAUGUCAGAUAUAGAGUUGAAAUGUAUUACAUUUGUAGUUUGCAUCCCAAUAUUACACUUUAUAUACAUCACAGAAGACUGAAAUAUAACAAAACCAUUUGACAUAGAAACACCAGAUUUUCUGCAGUUUAAAAAAAAUAAUGUUUAUUAAUUAUGAAACUAUACAAAAUAUUAAUAACAUUCCACCCAUUUGGUCAUUUGCCUGCAGGAAAGGGCUACAUGGAAUUGAGAAUGUUGAGCGACUGAAUUGUGUAUGUAUCUCUGUCCUUCAUAAGUCUUCCAUAUUGCAUCAUCUAUUUAUUUUACAUUUACAUUUUAGUCAUUUAGCAGACGCUCUUAUCCAGAGCGACUUACAGUUAGUGAGUGCAUACAUUAUUUUUUAUUUUUUCAUACUGGCCCCCCGUGGGAAUCGAACCCUCAACCCUGGCGUUGCAAACGCCAUCCUCUACCAACUGAGCUACAUCCCUGCCGGCCAUUCCCUCCCCUACCCUGUACGGCGCUGGGCCAAUUGUGCGCCGCCCCAUGGGUCUCCCGGUCGCGGCCGGCUACAACAGAGCCUGGAUUCGAACCAGGAUCUCUAGUGGCACAGCGAUGCAGUGCCUUAGACCACUGCGCCACUCAAUUCAUAGGAAUAUCCUAUAAUGUGUUUGGUUAAAAGCAUGACAUUGGCACAAUACAUUCCAAUUUGAAUGUCAUGCUUUAUGAGCGGAAUACAGUGGAUGGAUAUUCAGUAUGAACAUUUCUAUCACCCAGUAUGACAUUUGUAAAUGUAUUCAGAUUGCGGAUAUAGAUGUUUUCCAAGGUUUUCCUCUGAGACUGAUCCAUCCUCUCAUCGCUAUCUCUUUUUGAACUAAACUUCAUCCUACCAUUCUCCAUUCCCUCUCUCCAUCCAAUCCAUCCUCCUUCCCUCCAUCUCUCCUCCUCUAUCCACUGUCCUUUCGGGAGUCUGUAAAUAAACUCUGUCCUCCUCCUGUCCUGUUAGGAGGGGAUUUGUGAAGAUCAGACAGAUAGGCACAGACACUUCGUGACAGCGCUGCUAGGAGCCCUGAGUAUCUGUCCCCCUGUCCUGAUCUAUCUGCCUCCUACUGCUCAGACCAAGCACUGACUGGCCCUCCUCUGAUAAAGCACACACACUGACCAGCCACCAUUUUAGACUGCCAGCCUGUUUUGGUCAGAUUCUUUUAUAGAUUUCACCUGCAGACAGUAGAGGCUUUAUGAAAGAAAUGAAACAGCUGUGGUCUAUGUCGCUGCAGUAGCUGUAGCAGUUGAUAUCUUUAAUUAUUUAUGUCCAAGAUUACAUUUAGUAUACAAUCGUAAACUCUCUGUGGUCAAUCUCGCUCUGUCUAAUAACUGUGUUUGUCUCUGCCCAACUCAGUGGCUGCCCCAACCUCCUUUGAAGGGCCCUUUGGGAAGAUUGUUUACCGUGUCAGAGCAGUCAUAGAUACACCUCGCUUCUCCAAGGACUACAAGUCCCAGAAGCCCUUCUACCUACUCAACCUGCUCAACCUCAAUCAAGUGCCCGACAUUGAGGUAAAGACCACCAGUCACCACUGUCUCAGCACUGUCUCACUGUCUGAACUUGUGUUGUUAUGCAGUCAUAUCAAUGGAAUUACCUUUAGAAAUAUAUAAAUAGUACUUGGCUAUAGACCGUCUACUGGAACUGUAGAUAUGUCUGAAGAGACUGACUUAUUUGAACAUGCCUUAUUUUGUUUGAUAGUUUUGGGAUUUGAUUUCAGCACGAUGAGCGCAGUACAACCACUAUCUCAUCCAUAAUUAAAUAUUACGGGAGGUCUUCCCCCCAGCUCUUAUUUCUCUGUUUCUAUGCUCUGUUCAUCUGUCCCUCAGAACUGGUUGUUUUACCCUUCCUAUGACUGCUUCUCCCCAGCAACCCAGUUAUGCUGUGACCACUAAGAAGUUCAGCUACCUCCUGGUGAAGACGGGCACCUUAAUGCUGAAGGCUUGCAGUGAGCAGAGGGGAUACACACCAGGCCAGAUCAUCAGACUAGCCACUGAGAUCCACAACAAGUCAGGCAAGGACACGGGCUGCGUGCUGGCCAGCCUCAUACAGGUACCACAGGACCUCUGCAAUGUCUCACGGUCUCAUGAUGCUCCUGGUGUAACUUCUGAUCAAAUGCUGAUACACUAUAUAUACAAAAGUAUGUGGACACCCCUUCAAAUGAGUGGAUUCGGCUAUUUCAACAACGCCGUUGCUGACAAGUGUAUGAAAUCGAGCACACCGCCAUGCAAUCUCCAUAGACAAACAUUGGCAGUAGAAUGGCCUUACUGAAGAGCUCAGUGACUUUCAACGUGGCACCAUCAUAGGAUGCCACCUUUCCAAAAAGUCAGUUCAAAAAAUGUCUGCCCUGCUUGAGCUGCCCCAAUCAACUGUAAGUGCUGUUAUUGUGAAAUGGAAACGUCUAGGAGCAACAACGGCUCAGCCGCGAAUUGAACGGGACCGCCGAGUGCCACUCCUGCGUUGUCUUGGCUGUGUGCUUAGGGUCGUUGUCCUGUUGGAAGGUGAACUUUUGCCCCAGUCUGAGGUCCUGAGUGCUCUGGAGCAGGUUUUCAUCAAGGAUCUCUCUGUACUUUGCUCCGUUCAUCUUUCCCUCGAUCCUGACUAGUCUCCCAGUCCCUGCCGCUGAAAAACAUCCCCACAGCAUGAUGCUGCCACCACCAUGCUUCGUCGUAGGGAUGGUGCCAGGUUUUCUCCAGAAGUGACGCUUGGCAUUCAGGCCAAAGAGUUCAAUCUUGGUUUCAUCAGACCAGAGAAUCAAAUCAUUUCCAAUCAAUUUAAUUUACCACAGGUGGACUCCAAUCAAGUUGUAGAAACAUCUCAAGGAUGAUCAAUGGAAACAAGAUGCACCUGAGCUCAAUUUCGAGUCUCAUAGCAAAGGGUCUGAAUACUUAUGUAAAUGGAAUGUUUCAGUUUUUUUUCUAAACCUGUUUUGCUUUGUCAUUAUGGGGUAUUGUGCGUAGAUUGAUGAGGAAAAAACAAUUUAAUCAAUUUUAGAAUAAGGCUGGAACUUAACAAAAUGUGAAAAAGUAAAGGGGACUGAAUACUUGUGUGUAUUUGUCUGUAUUGACUACUCUAGGCUGUAUGUUUGUUGGAUGUAGGUCUUGUCUCUGAUACCCCUCCUCCUUUUCUCCUGCUCAGAAAGUGACUUAUAAGACCAAACGAGCUUUGUACGACCUGCGGACCAUAGCAGAGGUAGAGGGGGCGGGAGUGAAGGCGGGGAAACAUGCUGAGUGGCGAGAGCAGAUCAUUGUACCGCCCCUCCCCCAGUCUGCCCUGGCCGGCUGCAGCCUCAUAGAGAUCGACUACUUCAUCCAGGUUAGUAACAUCCUCAAUGGAGUGCUCUUAUGGGCAUCCACUCGAUUAAAGCAUGUUGUUCACAGGUGGGACUUCAGAGUUUUAGCAGUUGUACAGCGUUCAUUCUAUAGAGUUCAGGUGGGCCGUCGCGCUUCAGCAAACAAAGGAAAGGAGGGGUGCUCAACAACGAUGGCAAAAAUCAUGAGGUCUUACCAAGAAAAACUUCCAAAAGGACUAAUUCGAGGUAAAAGGGUCCUUUUGGAAGCCAUUCUCAUACUGUUAAUUCUAUAGUCAUAGUUGCAGUAUGAACCAGACAAUGUUCCUCAUACAGUAUCAUACUGUAGUAAUCCUCUCAUUAACCCAAUGCACCUGCCAUGUAGUGUGCUGUAGGUCAUUGAUGCUCAGUUUCAGAGGUCUCUUUAGUGAGUUCAGGGAUUAUAGCUAUGGUAAUCUGAACAGAUCAGAUGUCUUGUUUGUCAUACAGUAUGGCAAAGCGAUUUGUGUCAGUACAUUACUUAAAGGAUCAUCUGGGAUGACAGGAUAUUUAAACACAUUUACAUUGUGUCUUUGUGACCGCUGCAGGUAUCACUAAAAUCCCCAGAGACGGUUGUCACUUUACCCAUCUACAUCGGGAACAUCGCUGUCAACUUGACCCCGUCACGAGCUAUGCCCUCAACCCCAGCCCCAACAUCCAUCAGCCCUAACACCGGCCCGGGAGGGGUUACCCCCAGCGCACCCCCAGCUGAGGAGGACCUGGAGGAGGAGUUGGGUGCAGGGGGUUCAGUCAGCGAGGAGAUCCCCACUAAGAGCCACUCCCAACAGGACCAAUCCGGCCAGCCCCCCACCAUGUCCCCCAGUGCAUUCAGCUACGCUCCCGGUGCAGCUUUCCCACCCAGCCAGCGACGUGCCGACGAAACCUCUGCGCCUCUGUUUUGUGUGUCCACUGGGUCCACCAUCCCUUUCUUCACAGAGGGAAACGCCACCCCAGUACCCACUUCCUGUCCUCUCAUACUCCCCCCUGAGUACAGCACCUGGGACUACCCACAUGGUGAGUCACCCCUGCCUAAAACAGCACUAUUACAGAGUUAGUCACCACUUGCUGCUCCUACGCACAGUUUAACCUGUCUGGAGUUGAUUCUGUAAAUCACUUCUGUGUCAGUAUGAUGAUCAAUGAUAAAUGAACAAUGGUCUACUAUUAUUCUGACUGUUUCUCUGGUUUGUCUGUGGAUCUUACAGAACCCCCUCCCACCUAUGAAGAGAGCUGCAGCAGCAACAACUCCAGCUUUAACAACAGCAGGCCGUAG